GAGAGAUAGAGAGAGCCAUUUGUAUCGGAACUGAGAAAAUCUUCAAAUUUCAAAAAAUCAAAAGAAAGGCGGGAUUCCAAACAGCCUCUUCGUCUUCUUAUUCUCUCAGUCUUCUCUCGAUCGUCGGUAAACGCAAAACUCAUCUCGCUCCGGAUAACAGUGUCAACCAAUGGCGGAAAAUGCUAAUACUGCCAGCCAUAGAAGAAAACCUCAGAGCUUGAACGAUCGACACUACAGUAUCCUCAUGGAUCUUUCUGCGCCUCCUAAACCUCCUUCCUCUUCUUCCCAUGGAGAAGUUGAAGAAACGAAGAAGUCCAUGAUUAAGCUUGCUGGAAGGCGUCGUCUCUGCAAGGCCUUGCCAAAGGAAGACGUAUCUGAUGGAGAUGACGAUUCUGAUUUGGUCGAUUUCGAUUCCCCAGUUAAAGGGGAGUCAUCACUCGAGAGCGCUGGAGCUGGGAACAUACUCACAUCUUUGGAUAAAUCAGAUGAAGCUAAGACAGAGAUUGCUGACGAGCCUAAUUUUUCCAUAAUCACAGACUUUGCUUCGCCCUCACCUCAGUUGAAGCAAAAAGAGGAAAUACAAGAUGCUGGAGGAAGGAACGAGAUCAUGGAUAUUUUGGAUGACCUGACCUCUAAGCUUGGGACGAUGUCCAUUCAGAAGAAGAAAGUUAACCAAAGCAACGAUUUUGAUGCCGGUGGAAUUAAGAGCCAGGUUGAUAAUCUUGAUUUUGAGGAUGCCGAAUCCUCAUUUUCCUUGAUAUCAGAUCUAUCCAAGUUCUCGUCAGAUAGUCUCAAGGACAAGCAAGGCAAUGCUGGUAUUACCAUCCGGGAACAGAUAACUAGUAAUGAGUUUUCAAGCGAAUGGGAAGACAGAGUUUCGAAUGUUGGAAAGCAAAAUUCAUUUUCUGUACAGCACUUUGACGAUAAGUCUGAAGAUAAUAGGCAGGGAUACAACCUUGACCUUGGGAAGGGAAAAGGCAAGGAAGUCGACCAAAUUCCGAAGACUACUAGACAUAUAGAGGUAAGUGAAAAGCUAAGAACAGUCGGACGGUCGAAUGCUGACAAACUAAGAGACUUAGACGAGGAUGAUGAUGAUGAUGACUGUGUCAUUUUGACUGGGAAAAAAGCGGUUGAAAUGAAAAUCCAUCCUGAAAAGCCUAAGAAGCCAGCUCAGUCUCACAACAUAAAAAGACAUGGUAGUGAUGAGAGACUGUUGGAUGAUAAAGAGUCUAUCACUUUAACUAGCCUCAAGUUGUCUUACACAUUGCCUGGAAAGAUUGCAACAAUGUUAUAUCCACAUCAGAGGGAAGGGUUGAAGUGGCUUUGGUCAUUGCAUACACAAGAGAAAGGUGGAAUACUUGGAGAUGAUAUGGGUUUAGGUAAAACUAUGCAGAUUUGUAGUUUUCUUGCUGGUCUGUUCCACUCCAAACUGAUCAAGCGUGCUCUGGUAGUGGCCCCAAAAACCCUGCUUCCUCACUGGAUGAAAGAAUUAGCUACCGUGGGACUUUCACGAAUGACUAGGGAAUACUAUGGCACUUCGACGAAAGCCCGGGAAUAUGAUCUCCACCACGUUCUGCAGGGUAAAGGUGUUCUUCUAACAACCUAUGAUAUCGUACGAAACAAUACAAAGGCUUUGCAAGGUGACGACCAUUAUACUGAUGAGGAUGACGAAGAUGGAAUCAAAUGGGAUUACAUGAUUCUGGACGAGGGACAUCUUAUUAAGAACCCCAACACACAAAGGGCCAAGAGUUUGCUUGAGAUCCCAAGUUCUCACCGUAUAAUAAUAAGUGGUACACCAAUCCAAAACAAUCUCAAGGAACUGUGGGCUCUUUUUAACUUCAGCUGCCCUGGGCUACUCGGUGACAAGAAUUGGUUUAAGCAGAAUUAUGAGCAUUACAUUAUUCGUGGAACUGACAAAAAUGCUACUGAUAGAGAACAGAGGAUAGGCUCAACAGUAGCAAAGAACUUGAGGGAGCAUAUUCAACCUUUCUUCUUGCGGCGCCUUAAGAGUGAAGUCUUUGGUGAUGAUGGUGCAACCUCCAAACUUUCAAAGAAAGACGAAAUUGUUGUAUGGCUACGGUUAACAGCUUGUCAGAGACAAUUAUAUGAAGCUUUCUUAAACAGUGAAAUUGUUCUUUCAGCUUUUGAUGGUUCACCUCUAGCAGCUCUAACGAUUCUGAAGAAAAUAUGUGACCACCCGCUUCUCUUGACUAAGAGGGCAGCUGAGGAUGUCCUAGAAGGAAUGGAAUCAACAUUAACACAAGAAGAAGCAGGCGUGGCUGAGAGAUUGGCAAUGCAUAUAGCAGACAAUGUGGAUACAGAUGAUUUUCAGACCAAGAAUGACAGCAUCUCUUGCAAAUUGUCAUUCAUCAUGUCACUACUGGAAAAUUUAAUUCCAGAAGGGCACCGUGUUCUAAUCUUCUCCCAGACACGCAAGAUGCUUAAUCUCAUUCAGGAUUCUCUUACCUCAAACGGUUAUAGUUUCUUGCGAAUUGAUGGUACUACAAAAGCCCCUGACAGAUUGAAGACUGUUGAAGAAUUUCAAGGAGGUCAGGUGGCUCCUAUAUUUCUCUUGACUUCUCAAGUUGGUGGUCUCGGCCUUACUCUGACUAAGGCAGACCGUGUGAUUGUGGUUGACCCUGCCUGGAACCCGAGCACGGACAACCAAAGCGUUGAUCGAGCAUAUAGAAUUGGGCAGACGAAGGAUGUCAUUGUGUAUAGGUUAAUGACCUCAGCAACUGUUGAAGAAAAGAUAUACAGAAAACAGGUAUACAAGGGAGGAUUGUUUAAAACUGCAACUGAGCAUAAAGAACAAAUCCGCUACUUCAGCCAGCAGGACCUUCGAGAACUUUUCAGUCUUCCGAAAGGAGGCUUUGAUGUUUCACCUACACAACAACAACUAUACGAAGAGCACUAUAACCAGAUCAAACUAGAUGAAACUCUAGAAUCCCAUGUGAAGUUUCUUGAAACUCUUGGCAUCGCUGGAGUUAGCCAUCACAGCUUACUUUUCUCCAAGACUGCUCCAAUUCAAGCUAUACAGAAAGAUGAAGAAGAAGAAAUAAGGAGAGGAACGACAGCGUUCUUGGGACGCCCAUCAUCAAGUAUUUCCCAAGACACUGUAAUCAAUGGGGCUGACUAUGCUUUCAAGCCAAAGGAUGUAAAUUUGGGUAAGACAAUAAACAUUUCCCCAAUCGACGAGAAGGAAUUGUCGGAAAGCGAAAUUAAAGCAAGACUCAGUCGUUUAUCGAUGCUACUCAAAAACAAGAGUACGGUAUCAAGGCUACCUGAUGGAGGGGCAAAAAUCCAGAAGCAGAUUGCUCAAUUGACUCGAGAACUGGAAGACUCAAAAGCAGCAAAAGGGAUCAAUACGCCUCAAGUUAUUGACUUGGAGUUGGAGGAUAUAAGUCAAAAGAUGCACAGAGGAUUGAAUCUGUAGAGUAAGACACAAGUCAAGAUGCAAGAAAUGCCGAGAACCAUCAUGGCAACACUUGGGCUCUUUUUUGUUUGUUCCUUGUCUAGUUUGGUUUUUGUUGAAUUGACAAGUCAGUUACCUUAUGACUUGCUGCAAAGAAGAUCAACGCUACUACUACUACUACUACUAACUAAGGAGUGUGCUAACUGCUAAGCCAGAUUUUAUCUUUUAAUCUGAAACCCAUAAACUCUAAUCAGUAAAAUGAAGAUUUAAGCACAAAA